AUGCCUUCAUCCAAGUUCUCCCCCGAUUCCAUCCCCAGCCUCCAAGGGCGAGUGUACCUCGUGACUGGAGGUAACGCUGGCAUUGGAAAGCAGACUGUGAUCGGGUUGGCGACCCGCGGCGCCAAAGUGUACAUGGGCGCUCGAAGCAAGGGCAAGGCGCUGGCUGCCAUCCACGAGAUUCAGGAAAAGCACUCGUCCGCCGACAUUCACUUCCUCGAGCUCGACCUGUCCAGCUUCCAGAGCGUCAUUGCUGCGGCGAACAGGUUGCGCGCUGAAGAGCCUGCGUUGCAUGGGCUCAUCAACAAUGCCGGCAUCAUGGGCGUGCCCUAUUCUCUGACGACGGAUGGCUAUGAGUCUCAAUUCCAGACCAACUACUUGUCGCAUUGGCUGCUCACGCAUCAUCUUCUUCCUCUUCUUCAGUCCACCGCCCAGUCAAGCCCCGAGGGAACUGUCCGCCUGGUCAACGUUACGUCGGACGGCCACGCGGCGUUCCCACCGCCAGGCGGAAUCCGGUUCGACGACACGGGGCUGGAGAAGGAGUCUGCCAUGAUGAGAUACGGCCAGAGCAAGCUCGCCAACAUCUUGCAUACGGUGCAGCUGAAUAAGAGAUACGGCCCUGCUUCGGUCGGAGCUGGCAACGGAGCAAUCUGGUUCGCAGCGGUGCAUCCGGGCCAUAUCGACACCGAUCUGAACAAGCAAGCUACGGGGGCUGCGCCUGGAGCCAUCCUGCGAGCUGCGACGCCCAUCAUGCGCUGUCUUGGAGUUCUGGACAAGCAGGAGAAGGGCGCGUGGUCCUCGCUGUUUGCCAUUGCCAGCAACGACUUCAAGGGGGCGAAUUCGGGGGCGUAUGUCGUGCCGUAUGCAAAGAUUGGGACGCCGAGCGAGCUUGCGCGCGACGAGAGCCUAGCGGAGAAGCUGUGGCAGUGGACUGAGACGGAGCUUGGGGCCAAGGGGUUGCUUGGACAGCAGUGA